GAUCAAAGUUAUGCGUUGGCAAACAUGAAAUGUUGACUGUUACCCUGAAAAGAGACCACAUUCUUCUUUUGGGCCCGGCCAUCGAGUUCAUAUAAGACCACAAGAACCACUGUAUGUGAAUUUCAUGGCGGAAAUGAAAGGUCUCUUCCUUUUCCUUUUGGCUUUGUCCAUAUCACUCGGUGAUGCUCAAUCAGAUAUAAACACUCUAUUGAUUAAGAAACACUUGAAUCGUUUCAACAAACCUCCUCUCAAGUUCAUUCAGAGCCCAGAUGGAGACGUCAUUGACUGUGUUUAUAUAUCGCGCCAACCAGCCUUUGAUCAUCCCUUUCUCAAGAAUCAUACCAUUCAGAUGAUGCCGAAUUAUCAUCCUGAAAGUCUACUUAUGGAUGGUAAAGUUUUAAUGAAUAGAACCAAGAGAAAAAAAAGGCCAAGACCAAUUGCUCAGCUUUGGCAUUUGAAUGGGAGAUGCCCAAAAGGAACUAUUCCCAUUAGAAGAACAAAGGAAGAUGAUAUCUUGAGAGCCACUUCCAUUGAGAGCUACGGGAAGAAGAAGCUUAAAAGUAGCGUUCCCAUACCCGGGUCGUUUAAUCCUAACGCCGGCACCACAAGUGGCCACGAGCAUGCAAUAGCCUUUGUUAAUGGAGGCACAUAUUAUGGGGCAAAAGCAUCCAUAAAUGUAUGGGGACCUAAAGUAGAGCAAAAUCGUGAGUUCAGCUUAUCACAGAUUUGGAUUUUGGGAGGAGAUUUCAAUUCAGAUCUCAAUAGCAUUGAAGCUGGUUGGCAGGUCAGCCCAUCCUUGUAUGGAGAUCACAACACAAGACUUUUCACCUACUGGACAAGUGAUGCUUAUCAAGCCACCGGUUGCUACAAUCUUCUUUGCUCAGGCUUUAUUCAGAUCAAUAGUGGAAUAGCAAUGGGUGCUUCCAUUUCCCCUCUUUCUAGCCAUCAAGGUUCCCAAUAUGAUAUCAGCAUUCUUGUCUGGAAGGACCCGAAAGAUGGAAACUGGUGGAUGCAAUUUGGGAAGGAUAAUGUGGUAGGGUACUGGCCGGGUAUACUAUUUUCUAAUCUUCACGGCGGUGCAUCAUUGGUAGAGUGGGGUGGAGAGGUAGUGAACGAAGAGUGGGGCAGGGUGCACACAACCACUCAAAUGGGAAGCGGCGGUUUUCCCAGCGAAGGGUUUGGGAAGGCGAGUUACUUCAGGAAUCUUAAGGUAGUUGACGCAUCCAACAACUUAAAGGAUCCUGAAGAUCUUGGCACUUUCACUAAUAACUCCAAUUGUUAUGAUGUGAAGAUGGGAAGGAAUAAUAAGUGGGAGAAUUACUUUUACUAUGGAGGACCUGGUAGAAACUCUAGAUGUCCAUGACCGGCCAGCUGCUUUUAUUAACGUAGAUACGUAAAACUAAAAUUCUGUUGCUAGUUUCCUUGUGAUUGCAUUCAGUUUUUCUAAGUUCUUUUUGUUAAUGGUUUAGAGGGUCAUUGUACAAAUAUGUGAGAUAACCAUAUACUUUGGGAGUACUUUAAAAACAGUGUGCAGAUAAGGUUUUAUUCAGGCUGAUAUUUUUCGGG